UUAAAUGCGACCCCUUGAACCAAAGCUGUAAUGUCUCUAAUUAAUUUUAGUACCUUCAUUCAUCAUCGAUCACUCGAUCAAAACAGGUCGUUUUGCCAUUCACCUGCGUCAUCGCUUUUUUAUUUAUUCUUCAGCUGCACCUACAUUACUACAAUCGCUAUGAAUCUAUCAAAUAAACAAACAAAGACACCAAUUACUUUAUUAACAGAAAUAAUGAGUAGGAAACGUUUGUUCCCCAAUUUCCAACUUAUCUAUGAUGGUGGUUCUGGUAGCAGUACAUUCACAGUUAGAGUCUCGUGUGAUGGAUUAAAAGCCGAAGCAACAGGCAGAAGCAAACUAGAUGCCAAACAUAAUGCUGCAAGAGCUUUGUUACAAAAAAUAGCUGAACGUAACAACUUGCCACAAUUGCUUUCAAGUGUCACUGAAUCACCCGUUCGCACUCCCCAAGCAAUUGACUUACCUAAUUCCACUCAAUUACCAUUAGACAAGCCCUUUUACAAUGCAGUUGGCCAUUUGAUGGACCUGUGUGCUAUUAAUCAUUUAAAAGAUCUUAAAUAUGAAACAAUUGAUACAGUUGGGCCCGCUCAUGCCAAGAUAUAUACUGUUGUAUGUACAGUUUCUACUUUCCGUGGAGUUGGAAUUGCUCUAACGAAAAAAGAAGCAAAGCACAAAGCUGCAGAAGAAAUGUUGGCCAAAAUUUCUCAUCUCGUAUCGGAUAGCUGUUUUGUUAAUAAUAGAGAAUUAACUGAAAAGGAAAUGGAAAAAAUGGAUGCAAGUAUUGCAAAAUUAAUAGGAAAAAAAUAUUCGAAAUUAUCUGUUUUACGCAAGGAGAACAUUCAAAUUUCUCCAAUAAAUUGGGGUUUAAACUUCAUCAACUUUUAUACAGCAUACACUGAUAUAUUUGAAGAGAGGCAAGGUGAAGUUUUGACUACAUUAAAAGUACUAAGAGAUAUGUCGUCUCAGAAUCAGCUUGAUAAUGGUGUAGAAAAUGUGGUAGAUAAUCUUAAAGAACUAUUCAAUUCUUUGGAUUUUACUUUUGAUUCUUCAGAAAUUCCAUCAAAUGACCCAUCCAAAUAUAUCACUUGUACCCGAUUGUAUUGUUAUCCUCCCGUUAAUGAAAUUGGGGUAGGUAAUACAAAAACAGAAUCCCAAGUGAGGUCUAUUGAAAAUUUUCUCGAUACUUUAAUUGAUUUUAUGGAACUAUAAAAUUAUAUGAAUUAUUAUAUAUUAUAUAUUAAAAAUUUAAGUUAUGUAAGGAAAAUUAAUAUUGGUAAUAAUGGUUAAGAAUCAAGUUACAAGUCUAGUUUGGUGACAAUAUCUUCGAGAAAUGUUUUAGUCCUAUAAAAUCAAAUACUUCAAAAAAGUUUUCUCACAUUCAUAAUUAUAUUCAUAUUGAUAUGUUUUAAAUUAAAACUUUUUCACACUAA